AUGUCCACAGCAGUUGCUGCUUUACAGGAGUCAAGUCUCUCUGGGGAACCGGAUCAAGGACAUGUGGCCAAAAAGGUACAGGCCCUGUCUCGAUUGCCCAAUACUAUGAGGAGGUCUGACAUUUUGACCCAGGAGACAAGUCACAGCUUAGCUGAUCGACCCACGGACGAGAGGGUGGAAAAGUACGAACGGUCAAUCAAGCCUAUUAUGUCUAGCAAGAUACUGAUGUGGGUCAACAGCGCUCUUAAUGUCACUGAGGGAGACCUCAAUGAGGCCAAGGCUACGGCGAAUGCAAUGUCACUCGAAGAGGUGAAGGCACUGAUGACGAAUGUGCUGAAAAUGCACAACAACGACCCCAACUUCCCGUAUCCAGUUUUGGAAAAGAUCAAGGGUUUCCUGGGAAACGACAACGUCUUUGCAGAGCCGGAGAAGCAUGAGGACUUGAUCUAUGAGAUGAAGCUCGAAGCAGCCCUGAUUACCAAUAACAGCCCUUACUCCGAGGUGCGUUCCGUCGUCGAUAAUCACGACGACCCGUCUACGCCCUGCUCCACCAUCCGUGCGUGGAUCAUCGGACUCGUCUUCUCGGUCAUACUCGGUUUCAUCAACCAGCUGUUCUCGAUUCGACUACCUGCCAUCUCUGUGACUGCCAACGUGGCACAGCUUCUAUCAUAUCCUCUCGGUAAGGCCAUGGAGUGGAUGCUGCCCGAUUGGGGUGUCACCAUGUUCGGCAGCCGCAUCAGUCUGAACCCAGGACCGUUCAGCCGUAAGGAGCAUAUGCUUAUCACCAUCAUGGCGAAUGUUGCAUAUCAGACGCCUUACACAAGUUCUAUCAUUUGGACACAGUAUUUACCUCAGUACUUCAACCAGUCCUACGCUGGACAGUUUAGUUACCAAAUACUCAUCGCUCUCGGCACAAGCCUCAUCGGAUAUGGCCUGGCUGGUCUGACGCGUCGCUUCUUAGUCUACCCAGCAUACUGUGUAUGGCCAGCGUCACUCGUCACCAUCGCACUGAACGCUGCCUUCCACACAGACAGGAACUUGCCGAUACGGGGACCAUGGAACAUAGUCUGGAGAGCCUCCCGUCUCAAGUUCUUCCUUGUUGCCUUCGCCGCAAUGUUUGUGUACUUUUGGUUCCCCAAUUACAUCUUCCAGGCGCUUUCGAUAUUCAGCUGGAUGUCAUGGAUCGCCCCGGACAAUGUUAAGCUGAACUCCAUCGUCGGAUUUCAGAACGGCUUGGGCCUCAACCCGUGGCCGACAUUUGACUGGAACAUUCUCCUCUUUGACGGUACGGAUCCGCUCAUGGUACCAUUCUUCGCCACGGCCAACAAGACCCUGGGCAUGUUCAUUGCCGGGUUCCUGGUGCUCGGCCUGUGGUACUCCAACGCGUACGGAACGGGACACCUGCCCAUGAUCAGCAACCGGAUCUAUGACAACACGGCCAAGCCCUACAAUGUCUCGCGGGCCAUCGAUGACCGAGCCAUCUUUGACAAGACCAAGUACGAGGCUUACUCGCCGGCCUACCUGACUGCUGGUAGCGUCACCACAUACGCGUGCUUCUUCGCGAUCUAUCCUGCAACGCUCAUGACCAUCCUCCUGUUUCACCGUUACGAGAUACGCAUGGGAUGGAACAGCCUCGUCAACAGCUUUCGCAGGAAGAAGAAGGCGGAGGCCGGGCAGUAUCAAGACGUCCACAAUCGCCUGAUGGCCAAAUACCCGGAAGUCCCGGAAUGGUGGUACGCCAUCGUCCUCCUCGCCGCCAUCGGCUUCAGCAUCGGCGGCAUAGCCGGCUGGCAGACCUACACGACGCCGGGCGUCGUCUUCUACGGCAUCGCGCUGUGCCUCCUCUUCGUGAUCCCGGUCGGCAUCAUCAAGUCGAUGACGGGCAUCGAGGUCACGCUCAACGUGCUGGCCGAGUUCAUCGGCGGGUCGUGGGUCGAGGGCAACGCGCUGGCCAUGAACUACUUCAAGUCGUUCGGCUACGUGACCUGCGCCCACGCCGUCUGGUUCGCCAACGACCUCAAGCUCGCGCACUACCUCAAGAUCCCGCCGCGGCACACCUUCUGGGCCCAGGUCGCCGCCACCGUCGUCUCGACCUUUGUCUGCACGGGCGUGCUCAACUUCCAGAUGAACCAGAUCCCCGGGGUGUGCACGCCCAACGCGCCGAACCGGUACGUCUGCCCGGGCAUCAACACCUUCUUCACGGCGUCGGUGCUGUGGGGCACCAUCGGCCCGAAGAAGGUCUUUGGCGCGGGGGGCCAGUACACGGCGACGCUGAUCGGGUUCCCCCUGGGGCUCGCGUUGCCCCUGGUCUUCUGGCUCGUGCAGCGCCGGUUCAAGCAGCGGUGGAUGCGGCAGAUCCACCCGAUCGCCAUGCUGUACGGCGGGAUCGUGUGGGCGCCCUACAACAUGAGCUACACCUGGCCGGCUGUGCCGAUCGCGUGGCUGUCGUGGAUCUACAUGAAGACCCGGUUCUUGGGGCUCUGGGCCAAGUACAACUUUGUCCUGUCGGCGAGCCUGUCGUCGGGGAUCGCUAUUGCGGCCAUCGUUCUGUUCUUCACGCUGCAGUGGAAGCAGAUCACCUUGGAUUGGUGGGGGAACAACGUGGUCAAUCAGGGCUGCGAGGGAGAGGCUUGCGUCUUGUAUCCUCUGGCAAACGGCACUCAUUUCGGUCCUGGACCGGGGGAGUUUCAUUGA